AUGGGGUCAACACACGCUGGCGUAGAAGGGGACGACCACGACGGUGGCGACGGUGUUGGCGAUACGGAAACGGCUCUGCUUUGCUUCUUCUUCGCGCGAUUAAGCCGGAACCGGAUGUACGGUGAUGGAGAAGGCGCUGCCAAUAAUUGGCUGUUUUGGCAAUUGGCUGAUACCGCAAAUAACGUCCUGCAGACACCACCGGCCUCGAGUGAUGGUAUCAAAUCAACGGACGGAAUCAUGGGAUUCGGUCUGGAGCUGCUUUUAACCAAACUGGAACACUUGGAUCAUAAAUUGUCGGAUGUUCAAUCGCAAAUUAAUGGUCUUCCGGAGAAAAUGGCAAGCAUCCGAGCCUCCUACGAGACGUCACCAACAGCAGCACCGCAACAUAAGCAGCCUCCUUUUGCAUCGUGCAAGGAUGCACCAGCCAACGCAUCGGGAGUUUUUCUCAUUCGCCUAAACAAGACUACUUCUACAUUUAAAGUCUAUUGCGAGAUGAAGUCAUUUGGAGGCGGUUGGAUUGUAAUACAGCAUCGAUUUAACGGUUCGGUUGAUUUUUACCGGAACUGGGCGGACUACAGAGACGGCUUCGGUGAGUUGGAUAGCGAAUUUUGGCUCGGAUUGGAGCGAGUUCAUCAAAUAACAGCGGCUCGUGCACAUGAAAUAGUGAUCGAGAUGAAAGACUUUGAGGGAAACUAUGGAUACGCUCGAUAUAAUGCUUUUCAAGUAGGGAGUGAGAGUGAACAAUACAAGCUGAAAAUCCUUGAGUGGUAUAGCGGCACUGCAGGUGAUGGAAUGUCGCGUCAAAAGGGGAUGAAGUUCUCAACAAUAGAUCGGGAUAAUGAUGGGAAUUCCGAUAAGAAUUGGGCGGAUUUAAACAGUGGCGCUUGGUGGCACAGCAGUGGUGGAAGCUCUUCUAAUUUGAACGGACCGUAUAAGAAUGUAAUUGCCCGCGAUUACAAAUCAAAUUGGUGGUACAACUUCAAAAAAUAUCAAGGAUUGAGCUUCAGUCGGAUGAUGAUUCGUGAAUUGUAA